AUGGGGACGCCCGGGGCCUCAGCGGGAUCUCUGUUUGUGCCCUCCGCGUCCGCGCCCCCGAGGAAGCGCGCGGCCGGGGAGACCGGGGUUGCGAGAAGCAAGCAGCGGGUUCUGGAUGAAGAAGAGUACAUCGAGGGGCGGACAGAGACCUUUGACAUCACCAGUGACUCUAAGGACGUCACAUUCACCCUCAUCAGCCAGUGCCAUGGCUUUAAACUCUUAGAAAACGGGAGUUUGCAAUGGACGCCACCAGCAUCUCCAGAAGCAUGCACCCUGGAGAUUCUAGCCAGAGAUGCCAGGACUCACUUGUCAUCCGUACUCCAGCCCCAGACUACAAUAUGCUUCUGCAAUAUGGAGAGCCAGUGUUUGUACAAUGAGACCAGCAGGGAAGGCAACUCUUCCCUUGAGGUGGCCAGCUGCAAGUGUGAUGGAGACACCUUUGGCCGCUUCUGUGACCGCUCUAAGGACCUCUGUGAAGAGCCAUGUUUCCCAGAUGUGUCCUGCACCCCAGGGAAGGGCUGUGAGGCCUGCCCUCCAAACAUGACUGGAGAUGGGCGGCAUUGUGCAGCUCUAGUGGACCCUUUAGUUUGCCAGAACCAUUCCUGUCCUGCGAAUCACUGCUAUAACCAUGGCCACUGCUACAUCUCUGGGGCUCCAGACUGCCAGCCCGCUUGCACCUGCCCCCCAGCCUUCACUGAUGCCCGCUGCUUCCUGGCUGGGAACAAUUUCACUCCCACCAUCUUUAAAGAGCUUCCCUUGAGGACCAUCGUGCUCUCACUCAGGGAAGAUGAAAACGCCUCCCUCGGUGACGUCAACGCCUCGGUCAGUGUUGCUUGCUGGACUCCCAGUGGGAAUCAGAUCUUGAAAGGUUCCCACAGGGGCAAUGCUAUAACCUGCACAUCCUUCAACUACCUUAAUUUCCCAAAGGAGGGGAGCCUCUUGCCCAGGGGUGGUUCAAGGGUCUAGGACACCUGGAAGCCUCAGGAUUAGAGACCCUAGAAUGGGUUAGAAUGACCAGCUUGCCAUGAAAAGACUCCAGGUGACAUGUCACCCCAGCCUGUCCCUCUGGGUACCCCUCAUGAUUCACGCUUUCUGGCUGCUAUAUGGAAGAAGUCACCUCCGCUCUGGCCUCCCAAAGGGAACUGAGACUCCUCUGACAGCAUGUCCUUGUCGAUACCUCCAUUAAGCAAAGUAGCCGGAUUGGUGAAUGGUGGAAACUCUAAGACUCCUUCCUAUACACAGGGGCUCAGAUCUCUGCCCAGCCUCUCUCUAGAGCAGGCGUAAUAGCUAGACAAGCUCUUUACAGCAGCUUUGUGGAUGAUAGUAAGUAGUACCUGUCAUUAGGCCGUGUCGAGAUUUAAAUGACAAAGCGUGUAAAGCAUUUAGUAACCAAAACACAGCAGGUAUGCAAUGGGAUUAUUACUAUUGGUACCCUGACUGCCAGAGAUGCUCCACCUCAAACGGUCAGAUCUCUUGACAUCUGUCCGCCGCCCUUAACUGCAGGCUCCUUGAAAUAAACGGUUCCUGAGUCACCUUGGCAUCCCUGGUGCCCGGGCGUGCCUAGGUCUUAGCUAAACAAUUUGUGUUUGGUACAUGUGAGGGGGAGGAUGGGCUGGGAUCAGAGACCAAGUGGAGGUGUUUGUUUCGGAUGUGCCCCUGGCGAUGCUGAGGCAGAGGAGGAGGAACGUGCCUCCUCCCUCACCCUCUGAGUGUUUAUUAAGCAAGGACCCAGGCCAGCCUCUGACUUAGGCAUGAGUGUGGGGGUGAGGAGAUGGGCUGCAGACGCUCUAGGGGGCCCUGCAUUCAAAGGUGGGCCGGGCCAAUCUGAUCCUCAUUCCACCCAUCAUCCCAUUCUCCCUCUCAUUCGCCCCCAUCGUAGGUGGCCUACAAACUAGGGGCUCUGGACAUGCGGGCUUUUCUCUGGAACGACCCAGUGGAGCUGACGUGGAUCUCUCCCUCAGCACGGCCCUCGGACAAGUCAAUUCAACACUGGAGGGUCGUCU